ACAACAACAACCUGUGCCCAUCACGUUCGUCCUGACUCGAAAUCGAUUUUGAACUUCUAUAAAACCAGCUUGGCAUCUGUCACUUUCUCUGAUAGAAAAUCCUCACAAUCGAACAUCACCCUCUCCAAACAAUGGGAUCCCCCGCCGGUACCGCGGCAAAAGUGCCAAAGACUCUUCCUCAACCCUCGAAAACUGCCAAAGUCGCCUUCAAGGUCCCGGGAACUGACAUCGAGGCCGAGACGUGGUUUGCUUUGUACGGAGAGCUGUCCGAGAAUGUGACUCCUUUGAUCUGCUUGCAUGGUGGACCUGGCAUGGCUCACAACUACAUCCUACCUUGUGCUCACUUAUCAUCGGCACCCUAUUCUCGACCAGUCAUCUUAUACGACCAGAUUGGUUGUGGAAACUCAACACAUCUGCGUGAUAGAAAAGGGGAUACUGACUUCUGGACUUCCGACUUGUUCAUUGAGGAGCUGGAAAAUCUGCUGUCGUACCUCGGCAUCAAGAAGUUUGAUCUGUUCGGCCAGAGUUGGGGUGGCAUGCUUGGAGCUCUGUAUGCAACAAAACGGCCGACUGGCUUGUAUCGUCUGAUAAUUGCCAACUCACCUGCGAGCUUGAUCACUUGGGUCGAAGUAGCGGACCAACUACGAAAAGAACUUCCCAAGGACAUUCAAGAAACUUUGACACGAUGCGAGGAAGAGGGUACCACAGACUCGGAAGAGUACGAAACGGCCAUGAUGACAUUUUACGAAAGACACGUCUGUCGUGUCGUACCCUUCCCCGAUGAACUCAUGCAGACCUUGAACCAAGUCAAGGAAGAUGACACAGUCUAUAUGACAAUGAACGGACCUUCCGAGUUCAACGUCAUAGGCUCUCUCAAAGGCUGGGACAUCACGUCCGAACUUCACAAAAUCAGUGUGCCUACGUUACUUAUCAACGGCAUAAACGAUGAAGCUCAGGAUAUCACCAUGGAGCCAUUCUUCCGAGAAAUUCCUGGCAAAGUGAAGUGGGUUCGUUUCCCCGAGAGCAGUCACUGUCCGCACUUGGAAGAGACAGACGCUUUUAUCGAGGCUGUCGGCAAUUUUCUGACCACAGAAUCAUGAUCUGUGAUUUUCUGCCUUUUCGUACUUUUCUUUCGGUCAUCUUUUGGUUGAUGCUCUGUUUGGUACAUUU